AGGUUUUACCCUCUCUGCUUUCCCCUCUAUCCUCAAUUAUAUAAGCACCUCUACACAUCAUAAGUAGAACCACAGCUUCUCAAGUUAUAUAUCUUUACACGUUCAGUCACAAAAAACACCAUUCAGCUAUACAAAAUUGGCUAUGAAAGAAAAGCUAAAUGGCAGUUUGAAAGGAGGAAAUGUUAAAACUAACGGAGUUAAAGAGGUUCACUACAGAGGAGUGAGAAAGAGGCCAUGGGGUCGUUACGCUGCUGAAAUCCGUGAUCCCGGCAAGAAGAGCAGAGUUUGGUUAGGCACCUUCGACACGGCGGAAGAGGCGGCAAAGGCUUAUGAUACCGCCGCCAGAGAGUUUCGUGGACCCAAAGCCAAGACGAACUUCCCCUUGCCAUCGGAGAAUCAGUGUCCCAGUAACAGCAGUGGACCAACAGAGUCUUCCAGUGGAGAAACCGAUGUUCACGCGCCUGACGCUCCGUCUGAGUUUGACUUAACGCGCCCCCUUGGAACCGUCGUUGUAGGCGGUGACCACGGUGGUCGUAAAUCAGAAGUUGGAUUGGUGAGAAAUGGGUUUCCGAUUUUCCAUCAUCAACCUGUUAUGGGAGCUCUGACUAGUGACAGCAGCAGCCCUGUAGAGUCCUCUAGUGGGGAAACCGUCGUUCACGCGCCUCUUGAGCUCGACCUCACGCGCCGUCUAAACGCUGUUGGUGAAGGUGGCAACCCUGUCCGGAAUGGGUUUCCGAUUUUUCAUCCGCAACCGACAGUGGCGGUUCUGCCUAAUGGCCAGUCAAUUUUGUUGUUCGACAGUACUUUUGUGCCAACCGGAGUGCUGAACCGGCCAAAGCCGUUCGGGUUUGAACCGGUGGCGGUUGAGUUUAACGGCGUUAGUGGUAGGGUAGUUCAUAGUGACUCGAGCCCAUCGACUGCGGGGAACGAGAACUAUUACGGAGGAGGAGGCGUAGCUAGAAGAGAACUAAAUCUUGAUCUUAACCUUGCCCCACCUAUGGAAGCUUGAUAGUGACAACUUAAUUAGAGAGUGAUUAAGGGCUGAUUUUUGUAUAUAGGUUUAAAAACUGUUCUUGUUUUUGCAGCUGAGGGGGUUUGUUGUUAAUUAUCUCUUGCUGUUUCUACCAUUUGUACCUCAUUACUCAUCUUUUAGAUCUGCUCAUUAAUGAAAACUUUUGAAUUUUACUUC